AUGCCUGAAGAAAUACUUUUAUCAAAGAUCAGUUCACUGAGAAGGCAGCCACUGCCUCUUUCUGGAUCAACCCAAGGGCAAAGCUCAGAAGUCCUCACUGCGGCGGUCGACGAACCAAGCUCCGACGGCGAGCCCUCGGGCACCCAGGACCAAGAAGCCAACAAUCAAGUCGAUGCCCCCGGAGGCCCAGCCAAUUCAUUCCCGGCUAUAAAUAAAGAUCAAAAUGUCUGGGUAAUCGUUCUGAGUUGCGCCGUACUGAACUUUUUCUUUACCGGGUUCAGCGGAAGCUGGGGCGUGCUGCAGGCCGCCCUGCUGGCCAGCGACGCCGAGUCGUCGUCGGCCUCGACCUUUGCCUGGGUGGGAUCGCUCGCCCUGGCCCUGACCGUCGGCUUCGGCCUCUUGUGGGUGCGGCUGCUGCCCGUCUUGGGCGCCCGCAAGGGAGCCCUCCUGGGCGAGCUGCUCUUCAUCUCGGGCGUCAUUGCGAGCGGCUUCACCACGUCGCAUCUCGACGGCUUGUUUGCUACGGCUGGUCUCCUUGUCGGUACUGGUACUUCGCUCCUCUUUACCGUUACCAAUUGCAUCCCCACGCAGUAUUUUACCGGAAGCGCAGGCGGAAGACUAGGCCUCGCCAACGGCGUCAUCAAGCUGGGCGGCGGCAUCGGAGCCGCCGUCUUCAGCGUCGCGCUAGAGGCCAUGAACCGCCGGCUCGGCAUUGCCUGGACGUUUCGCAUCUUUGGCUUCCUGGCUUUUGCCGUGUCCAUUCCGGCGGCGUGCUUUAUCCGGGAAAAGAUUCCGUUUCGCCGGUCGCCGAUUAUUGACGUGUCCAUGCUCAAGUGCUUGCCUUUUGUCGCCGUCUCCAUCUCUAGUAUGAUUUACGUGUUUGCGCUCUACAUUCCUCCCUAUUACCUGCCGCUAUUUGCCCAGUCCAUCGGAAUGUCUUCCGCCAAGGCCGCCUUGGUCACGGCCGGCUACAACCUCGCCGCAGCGUUUGGUCGAUUUGCAGCUGGUCCUCUAUGCGACUGGAUCGGGGCAUUGAACUCGAUCAUGCUGAUCAUGCUGCUCAAUGCCAUUACACUGCUGGCCAUUUGGCCUGUUUCGACGGCGCCUGCACCGUUGAUUAUAUUCGCCUUGCUCAACGGUGUUGCCAACGGAGGCUUCUUCACGGCCAUGCCCACCGUCUUUAGUGGCUUCUUUGAGCCAAGCAAGGGCACCAUGGCCGUCAGCACUGGUAGUACUGGCUGGACUCUUGGGUAUCUUCUGGGAACUCCUAUUGCCGGUUAUCUUCUCCAGACAUCGGGGUCUGGUAAGAUUUCGCCCAGUGCCUAUCGACCUGCCAUUUUCUACGCCGGUGGCGUGGGUGCGUUAGCCUGUACUUUUGCCUUGGUCGCCCGUCUAUCGUUUAACAAGGCACUCAUCAAAAGGGCAUAA